AUGUUUGCCCCACCACGGAAGCACAACCCGAAACCGCCGCCUCCCAGACCAAACAAAUACUCACCAGACAACGCACCUAUUCGGUCUCCACAAGUAGUCAUGCCCGCCAUGGACGAGCUCGACGCGCUCUACGGCCCUCUCGAAACCGCGCUCGAACAUUCCAACCGCGACAUCGACAUGGAACGCUCCCGCGCCACCGAGCUCGCUUCCAAACCCCACUACACUCCACCGUCCAUAAAAUGCCAGUACUGCAGUAACAGUUUCCCACGCAUUGAGUGGUUCUUCAAUGUCCACUCUCCGCGCUGCCACACAGAAGCGCUCUCACGAACUACUGGAAACAUUGAUGUGUACGGUGACCAGCGAGUCUGCCCGUACUGUAAGAGGACGGUGCAUUAUGAGAGCUUCUGGGCGCAUUUACAGGGCAGCGCGAAGUGUGGAGAGUAUUGGAGUGGCUUGAGUGUGGUUGAGAAGAAGCUGGCGAAUCCGGAUUAUCUUACGCCCGCGCAGCGCGGAGUAUCCUUCUCAUCUACGAGCCCUCAGAAGCAUACUGUGGGCACAGAACUGAGCCCUUCCACGGAGGCGCCUCUUCCAGAGAUGGAAAUGACACGUCCGAUGGUGUUGCAGAAGAUCAUUCCCCUUCGCGAAUCCACUCCGAUUGUUUCAUCCCCCUCGUCACCAGCCUUGGAUCCACGGCCGCCUGUGAAGAAAGAGGAUGAUGAAUCUCUUCCCGCGACAAAGCUUCCGAUGACACGAAUGUCAAAAUGCAACAGGUGUUACCAGAAGUUCGAGAUUCCCUACGCGAGGCGCGAAGACGGAACGACGUACUCGGACUGGACCGAACACAACCGAACGUGUGUACCGCGGGAACAAUCUGGCUUCUCUAUAAAGGCAUCCUCACACUGUACGAAUUGCGGCAUAGAAAUCAGCGACCCUGGGUGGUUUUUCAUGAAGCACCAGCGGGAUUGCCGGACCAAGGCCAUUGCGAAUGGGACGCUAAAGGCUUUUGAUCCGCAUACUGGAGUUCGAAUUCAGCGCCACGAUACAGGUAAGCUGGAUGAGGCCUCAGUACGACCGGCUUCGGAGAACGCGAAAAUCAGCAUGGGAGCUCCACCGAUCCUCCCUUCCUCGCAUGUGAGUACUACGGCGGCGCAGCCCAUUGCGCAUCCCCAGGCUCCCUUGCACAUAUCCCCUCAUUCACGCGUAGGGUUUGAGGCACAACCUAUGCCUUGGCUUCAAGAAUGGCGGGCCAAAUUCAACAUCCCAUCCGGGAAGCCCUUCCCGGCUACUGCCACUGCAGCUCCGAUCAUCCCGAACCAUCAACUCUGGGCUCCGGACCUUGUGACCCCCAAUGUUGGCAACGGAAGCCGUGCUUCGGCCAAUUCCUCCAGUAUACUCCACCACGAUCAAGAUGGAGGGCCCAAACAAUCCGUAGCACCAGCACCUAGCUUCCACAAUACUAGAACAAAAGCAGGAGAAGCAGGAGAACAAAACAGCAACGUAGGCAACGCCGAACAACCCCAAGUCCAUGCCGGCGUACAAGGUCAUCCCAAAAAGCGAGGGAGGAGGGGCAGGGGAAAGAAGAAACCGGGAAGGGGCAUGACGGCUCGCAUUGCCGCUGCCAAUGCCCUUGAGGGACAGGGACUGUCCACCGCAGAAGCGCAUGCGGCGGCCUGGGAUGGAAAUGCACGUCCUUCCUCUUCGGUAGAUCUUGCUGCUCUGCGAGAAGCCGCUUCGACGUCAUUGAAGCAUGCUCAUGGGCGACCACCUGGCAUGAAUUGA